UCGCUCUCAGAGCUCAGUCAGCAUUUGACUCAGUAGUGGCAGGGGAUCUAGGAUUUCCACUUGUCAGUGACUCCCUCAUAUCGCAAUCAAGUGCAUCCCCUCAGCUAAAAUGUCAAAGUUGGAGCAGGUCCUCAUCCUCGACCCUCCCUCCGACCUCAGAUUUAAAGGUCCCUUCACAGAUGUAGUCACCACCAACCUCAAACUGAAGAACCCUUCUGACAGAAGAGUAUGUUUCAAAGUGAAGACGACAGCGCCGCGCAGGUACUGUGUACGGCCAAACAGCGGCGUUAUCGAUGCAGGAGCGACCGUCACUAUCUCUGUAAUGCUACAACCCUUUGAUUAUGACCCCAAUGAGAAAAGUAAACACAAAUUCAUGGUGCAGACCAUCUUUGCCCCACCAAAUGUGUCUGAUAUGGAUUCAUUGUGGAAAGAUGCAAAACCCGAUGAUCUCAUGGAUUCCAAGCUGCGAUGUGUCUUCGAGCUGCCUUCUGAAAACGAUAAAGUGAAUGACGUGGAGGCGACCAAAGCAGCCCCAGUGAUGAACUCUGCGAAGGGCGACGGCUCGUCGGCAACCAUGGCGGCAGCCAAGCCUGUCAGUGCCUCCCUGGACGAUACAGAGAUGAAGAGAGUGAUGGACGAGUGCAAGAGGCUGCAGGCCGAGAUGAGCAAGCUUGCUGAGGAGAAUCAGCAACUGAAGGAUGGUAUUAGAAUGAGAAAAGCACCUCGCAUAGAGCACGUGACAACAAACUCAACCAGCCUCCUUGGUCGAGAAACCAGCGCGGCCUCCCUGCCCUCCCUCCUCGUCGUCAUAGCAGCAAUCUUCAUCGGAUUCUUCCUAGGGAAGUUCAUCUUGUAGACUGGGAGACGCAUGCCAGCCGUAUCCCCCAACCCGGCUCCGGAAUCAAAUAGGCCUGGAAAAACCGAGAAGUCUUUCUGUUGACUUUGCCAUAUCAUUGGUAGUGCGGCCUACAGUGAACACGUCUGUACAGCAUCAUUCGAGGGCGUCGCCUUUUUACAGUCUCUCACACACGGUUAGUACACACACAGAGAGUUGAGAAAGAAAGGCGAAAAAAGUGAUUGCUCCUUUUUGUUUUCUGUUCUGAUGGCUGGAUGUACAGAUAAUGUGGCGGGAUAAUGAAAGUUGUACACUAUCAGUCAACAUGGAGGACAGUUGAGAUGCACCUAGAGUGACCUUGGGCAAGAAGCAGUCAAAUAAAGAUUCUCUCUCUUUCUCUCUGUCUCUCUCUCUCUCGCUCUCUCUGUUGUUUUAAUAGGAAUUGAAUGGAGUGUUAGGUGUCUUGUAAAUGUUGUUUUAAAUCCUUUUAAGAAAAGGAAAGAACUUCCAUCAAAAAAGACCUUGCUACCUGUUGCUGGAUUGCCUCUGAAGUCAAGUUAAUUUGUUCAGUUUGUAAUUUCUACUUUUUCUCUUGGAAUGUUCGAGUCCAGCUGGGGAUAUAGGUGCCUCCUUCCUUGUACAUUUCUGUCCUUUCCUAUCCCUGACAACACCAAUGCAGACUUUAUAUUAUUAUUAUUAUUGUUAUUAUUAUAAUUAUUAUUAUAAUUAUUAAUAUUAUUAUUGUCCUUUUUUUCUCAAUACAGAUCAUAUAUUCCUUCUGAGGCAAAUGUUGACUGAACUAAGGUCUCCAUUCUUAAAAUCCUGUCCCAUGGUAUUAAGCAUUGAAGAAAUAAAAAAUGAAAAAAUGUGGUUUUGAUA